AUGGACGGCGACGCAGCCGUCGAGCCCGAGCUCGAUGCGUUCAGUCUGGUCCUCCCGCUUCCCUACCGCGUGGCCCUCAUCACCGUCCUGGCCACCUGGGGCUGGGGCGCCAACCUCCACUAUCUCUACCUCCUCAAGAUCGACGUGCCGUCGCUCAUCCGCUAUCCAGGCCGCACGUCCGGUGCACACAUACCUCACCACCACUCGGCCUACCGGCUCGCGACCGUCACGUCGUCCGUGCUCGCGGCGUCGCUGCUCCUCUUCUGGGCGCUGACCCGCCACAAUGUCGAUCGCGUGCUGGCCCUCGACUGGAUGCCCAUGACCACGCUCGCCGUGCUCGGCCUGCUGCUCAUCCUCCCCUUUCCGCUCACCUUGCUGCAGCGGUACACCGGCAUUGUUCGCAGCAGCGGCGGCGGCAGCAGCAGCAGCAACCCCCGACGCACGCCGGCGAGCCCACCGACGUGGGCCCUACCCCAAGACGGCCGUCGGCGGUUUGCGACGACGCUGCGGCGCGUGCUGGUGGGCGGCCUGGCCGAGGCGCAGCACGGCAAGUUUGGCGACAUCUUGCUCGCCGAUGUGCUCACCAGCUACUCCAAGGUCCUCGGCGACCUGUACGUGUGCCUGUGCAUGUUCUUUUUCGCGGCGCCCCGGGGCGGCCGCGACGAGGCCUCGGCCACCGACCGCCCGGACCGCAACUGCGGCGGCGGCGUCCUCGUGCCCCUCAUCAUGGCCAUGCCGUUCCUGGCGCGCUUCCGCCAGUGCAUGAUUGAGUAUCUGCGCGUGCGGCGGUCGGGCGUCGGUGGCGGCGGCGGCGGCGGCACAGGCCUCCAGCACCUGGCCAACGCCGCCAAGUACGCCACCUCGUUCCCCGUCAUUUUGUUUUCGGCCCUCCAGCGCAGCGCCAAGGCCGCCGAGGACGCCAGCGCCUCCACCCCCGCGACCGGCAGCGCGUCCACCAUGUACUACCGCCUGUGGCUGGCCGCCGUCCUGGCCAACUCCCUGUACAGCUUCUACUGGGACGUCGCCAAGGACUGGGACCUGACCCUCUUUGACGGCGCGCGCGCGCGCAACGCCCCCGACCACCCCUGGGCCCUGCGCCGCCGCCGCCUCGUCGGCGGCGGCCAGCCGAUUGUGUACUACGGCGCCAUGGCGCUGGACCUGCUCCUGCGCUGCACCUGGUCCCUCAAGCUCAGCCCCCACCUCGACCACGUCGCCGACUUUGAGAGCUCGCUCUUCCUCAUGCAGCUGCUCGAGGUCCUGCGCCGCUGGGUCUGGAUCUUUUUCCGCGUCGAGACCGAGUGGAUCCGCUCCACUUCCACCACCUCCACGGGCAGCGACUUGUUCGCCGGCGGCACCGGUCUGCUGCUGGGCGGCAUGUCGCCGGGCAGCAGUGGCGGCAGCGCGAGCAGCACCAUCUCGAGCAGCGACAUUCUGCUGGGCGACUACCAGCCCAAGUACGGCGACGAGGACGAGGACGACGUCUAG